GGAACGCGUUUCCUUUUUAUGUUUUUCCUCCUUAAUUCUUGUGCAAACAGAAAUUGGAUGAAUCUCCGAGAUGCAGAAACUGGGAAAAUUCUCUGGCAAGGAACGGAAGAUCUCUCCGUCCCCGGAGUAGAGCAUGAAGCUCGAGUUCCUAAGAAGAUUCUGAAAUGCAAGGCUGUCUCCCGGGAGCUCAAUUUUUCCUCCACGGAGCAGAUGGAAAAAUUCCGCCUGGAACAGAAAGUUUAUUUCAAGGGACAAUGUCUAGAAGAGUGGUUCUUUGAGUUUGGCUUCGUCAUCCCAAAUUCCACCAACACCUGGCAGUCUUUGAUAGAAGCAGCUCCGGAGUCGCAAAUGAUGCCAGCUAAUGUUCUCACCGGGAACGUGAUCAUAGAAACCAAGUUUUACGACGACGACCUCCUCGUCAGCACUUCCAGAGUAAGACUGUUCUACGUUUGAGAGAAGGCCGGGGCAGGGCUCGGGCCUGGCUUAGUUCCUCCCCACACCUGAUUCCCCGGGGGCCGAAUCCCCAAUUUCUCCCUCAAGGUGUCCAGUGACGGAAGACUUUUUUAGGAGGUCUGGAGCAUGGCGAGACUCGUGCCCUUGACCCAUCCUUCUCUUGCCCUCUUGCCCCGGACCAGGCCACGCUGCAACCCCUUGUAGCCAUCUGCUCGGAUAUUGGGAAAGGGAGGAAGGGGAGAAGGACUUUUUGGGGGGGGCACCCCCAUGGGCAAGAAAGAUCAAUGUUGUAAAUGGGAUUUAGAGGGUUUUUUUGUUUUGUUUAGAUCUAUCUAUGUCUCCAUACUUAAGUCAUCUUCUUGGCAGGCUGUCUGUCCACUCCAUUUCUUCAUUGUCUCUUUACUUCUUUUUAAGAUUUACCUAUUCGGCUCCUCUUUCUUUCUUUCUUUCUUUCUUUCUUUCUUUCUUUCUUUCUUUCUUUCUUUCUUUCUUUCUUUCUUCUUUCUCUCUCUCUCUCUCUCUCUCUCUUUCUUUUUUUCCCCUUCUCUCUCCAUUUUUUAAUUCCGACACUCCUCUCAGUUUAACUGGUCCAGACUCAUUUCUUCCACCGUCCCGUUUCCUUGAACUUGUAAAAUAGACUGCAAUAUUCUUACAUAAUGUAAUUAAAAAAUAAAUAAAUUUCUGAUUGAAAAGCAAA